AUGAAGCCAUCUGAACGUUUAAUUUACCGUUUCAACAUCACGCAUUGUUUAGAUUUUGAAGAGAUGUGCACAAAAUGGAGAGUAAUUCAACACUUCAACGAAAAAAAUUUCAUUUUGUCUGUGACAUUUUUAGGUUUUCCACAUGUAGAGUUGCAAUCAAUUAAUUACAGUGAUGACAAUGUUAUCAUCAUCAUUAUUUUAAGGGAUGGAUUAGAACCUUCGAAAUUAUUCGAUCUUUACAGGAUGGAAGAGCUUAAGCAUACAGAAUCAGGAAAAAGAUAA